AAUUUGGACCACGAAACGAAAAUAGGAGAGUCAAGGAAGGUGGUGAGAAAGAGGUCAGGUUCCAAUUCCACUAACAAGGAGGCCAUUGUAAACCAGAGGUCCUUCAGUCGCAUACGACUCUCUUUCUCUCGCUCACUACUCCACCUCCAUGGCUGUCGUCGGCGUCCUCGCUCUACAGGGAUCUUUUAACGAACAUAUCGCAGCGCUGAGAAGGCUCGGGGUCAAAGGCGUGGAGAUAAGGAAGCCCGAGCAACUAGACAGCGUAGCUUCCCUUAUCAUUCCUGGAGGAGAGAGCACCACCAUGGCUAAGCUCGCUCAGUACCACAACCUGUUUCCUGCUCUGCGUGAGUUUGUUACAAUGGGGAAGCCUGUUUGGGGGACCUGUGCAGGGCUUAUUUUCUUGGCAAACAAAGCUACCGGGCAGAAAAGAGGUGGGCAGGACCUAGUUGGGGGCCUAGAUUGUACUGUAAAUAGAAAUUUCUUUGGCAGUCAGAUUCAAAGCUUUGAGGCAGAGCUGUCGGUACCUGAACUUGCUUCUAAAGAAGGUGGUCCAGAGACAUUUCGUGGAGUAUUCAUCCGUGCUCCCGCAAUUCUUGAAGUAGGGCCGGAAGUUCAAGUGCUGGCUGAGUGUCCUGUCCCAUCAAACAAGGUGUUGGCUUCAAGAGCUGAUGUUGAAGACCAAGAGGAGAAAUUGUCUGAAAAGAAAGUGAUUGUAGCUGUAAGGCAGGGAAACUUGCUAGGGACUGCCUUCCAUCCUGAAUUGACAGCAGAUACUCGAUGGCAUAGUUACUUUUUGAAGAUGUCAAGCGGUGUCGCAGAAGGGGCCUCAAGUAGCAUUGUUGCUGUCGGGGGAGAGGGUUUAAGUUUAAGCAGGCAGCCAAUCAUCGACCUUCCCAUAUUUCAAUAGUUUCAGGCAGAAACUAAUAAUUAUCUCUACCAUAUGUUUUCUCCCCUAGUUUGCUUUCAAGGGUUUGGGUUUUUUUUUUUUUUUUUUUUGGCCUUUUAAAGGUCAUUCACAUUGAGCAAGUAUUCUUUAUGGUUGGUUUAGCUCUAUAGUAGACAUCCGGUUUUCCCCCAUAAGGGUAUUUUGAGAACUGCUACAAACACAAAGAGAAUAUACAAAAACAAACUUACAAACUGAUGUGGUUUCAUGAGAUCUGUUAGAUAUACUUUACAAUAAAAUUAACUUUACAA